GAUGCGGUAAACGUGAAUGCCCAGGGUGGCUAUUAUGGCAAUGCACUACAAGCAGCUACAGAAAAAGGAACCGAACCGAUUGUGCGGCUUCUCCUCGAGCGUGGGGCAGAUGUGAAUGCGAAGGGUGGCCUUUAUGGCAAUGCACUACAAGCAGCUGCAGCAGAAGCAACCGAACCGGUUGUGCGGCUCCUCCUCGAGCGUGGGGCAGAUGUGAAUGCUCAGGGUGGCUAUUAUGGCAAUGCACUACAGGCAGCUUCAGUAAAUGGAACCGAACCGGUUGUGCGGCUUCUCCUCGAGCGU